CUACGGUGAGUCUCGCAUCUUCACGACAGCAACAUUUGAACAAAUUCUUUCGUUUUCUGCCUGGAAGUACCGCUUAUCCGGCCGCUUUAAGGAAAACAGGUCAGAUUUCGGUUCUUUUCGCCGUACUUCUUCGAUCCCACUUAUUGGUGUAUAAUGUAGAUCAGUCGAGCUGAGCUGACCGACCCCUCUGUGUGGAGACUAGUGGAGGGGUCGCUCAGCUCGGUUUGUUGAGUCGUCAUUUCACUUUCAGUUGCUUAUUUUAUUCUGAAGCACUUCAUCUUCAGAUAUUCAAGCAUUUGUGAUUUGACACCACCAAAAAAUCCAUCAUAAUAAGACUAUCCUAUCUCGUAUCCAAUCAUGACCGCUGAACGUCCUCAAUAUUACAAAAACACCCUUGAGCCAAUCGCCAUCAACCGUGAUGAAUUGCUCGGAUCACUCAGUGAAUUGCGUGCUGCCGUAGCACGCGGCGCUGAUAUGGUGCAGAAGAACAGCCCCCCAGCAGAAGAGUGGGGAAGAGCUGGUUGGUAUCUUGGAAAUGCAGGAAUUGCUCUUGCUUAUCUACGCCUCGCUCGCCAAGUCCCAGUAUUGAAAGGAGAGAAUGAGUCUAUUCAAUUCCCCGACUUCCAGGCCCUUGCCAGCCAGAGAAUCUUUCCAAAUGGCCCGGACUUGCCUCUUAUUCCAUCAAGACUGUCUCCGCUAGGAUCGGCUACUCCUUUGGCUGCCGUUGUAACACGUGCUUUGGCUGCCUCGCCAGGGAGUGCUCUGUCUAAAGAUGACAUCAGUUGCCUCCAGCAGGGCGUUGAGAUGGCUUUGUACAAUGGCCAUCUCGUUGCUCAUGACGGUAGGAACAUGGGUGGUGAUGAGCCUUUGUACGGCCGAACUGGCUUGUUGCUCUCUUUGCUUAACAUAAGGGCCCACAGCUAUGAUGAUGAGACCCAAAAAGCUUUGAAUUCCAUCUUCGAGGCUAUUCCGAAACUAGUUGAUGUGGUUAUCGCCGGUGGCCAAACCGGGUCUACUGAGUAUAAGAAUAGAUACGGAGAGAAAGACUCAAUGCCACUGAUGUGGCCGUGGAUGGAAAACUAUUAUGGUCUCGGAUCGGUUCAUGGAGCUUCUGGUAUUAUUUCGGUCGUCAUCGGAUGCAACAAAAAGGAGAUCAACGACAGCCACUUCCCAUUAAUUGCAGAAACAAUCACAUCAAUUUGCAAGUUCUGCAUCGCCCACAAUGGCCAUCUCCCUAUGACGAUUCCGUACCUCAAUCCUACCAAAACCACCCAUACCCUACAGGUUUGCCAUGGCAGUCCCGGAAUUCUGCUCCUCAUGGCAUGCGUCAGAAGAAAUGUCCAUCUGACCUCCAACUACUGGCAACCCGAAUGGGAUGAAGCUAUCUGCUUAGCCAGCGAUCGGGUCUGGGAAGAAGGAUUGAUUUCUAAAGGCGGUGGUAUCUGCCACGGCAUCACGGGCAAUGCUUGGCCGCUGCUUUUCGUGCACGAUAGCUUCCAAUACGAUACUGAGCUGAUGGAAACUGCCAGACGUAACUAUAUGGAGCGUACGAAGACAUCCGAUGUCCCGGGAAUCAAGGGCGAUUGCGGCGACCAAUUCCUCUCCAGAGCUCUGGCGUUCAUGCUCCACGCACGGGAAACGCCCCCUUACAAUACUUCCCCGCAGCCAGGCUCUAACGACUAUCGCUCGCCUGAUAGCCCAUACGCUCUGACUGAAGGUCUCCCUGGUACUGUCUGUGCGUGGGCAGCUUCUUGUGUCGCAAUCCAAAUGAGACUGAGACAGAUGGAGUUGGCAGAACAGGGUGUGGCUUCUACUGCUGCUCUCAAGGAAGACAGUGUCUUCCAAAGGCUGGAUGACCAGCAGUUGGGUUUCCCUACUCUUGCAUACUACAAGCCUGCUGGACUGCUGUAAAUGCUCUGCGUUACAUCGCAGAGAUAUACAUGUACAUCCCAGGGGCUAGACUCCAGUGCAGUAUAUAAAAAGGAUAUGUAAAUAUUGGGUCAAUCUAGUAAACACCUAUGCUAUUUAUACACCGAAAUUCCCCAUUUAACAGUUUAAUAACGCAUAC